GUAGUGAGCAGAGGAGCUCCGCUGUAGGUGAACGGUGGAGAGGUCUGUAUACAGACCGGCACGGCCGUUGCAAAACUGACACCCAGCGGGCCGCAGAGAUUUUCGGGGGAGCCUUAGAUCGGUGAAAGAAACAUGGGGAAUGCCGAGGGCGGCUGCGGUGGAGGCAGCGGUGACGAGGAAGACAUAGAAACGGAGAGCCCCGGCUUCGCGGAAGACAGUCCGGCCUCUGCGGCCACUGGCGGCGGUGUAGGAGGCGGUGUAGGCUCCGGGAGAAGCGGAAGGGGAUCGAAUAACCUACCCGUACCCACCGGCGGACCACCUAGCCCGGGGGUCCUCUUGGAGCAGGUGAAACUGAGAGAAGCGGCGGCACGUAUUAGCGACUCUGGGGUCGCCAUCCACGAGUCUGUCCUAGCUGGGAAUGAGGGUGUCCUGAUGCGGUGGCUGGAGGACCGGUUGAACCGAGGAGAGGAGUCCGUCAAUGUAGAGCAAUUCUGUGAAAUGCUGGAGAGCAGAGACGCUUCGAGGGAUGAGUGUGAAGAGGCAUUUGGACAGUUCGAUGCAGAGGGGGAUGGAGUGGUGGAUGUAGAGAGUAUGCUGAUUGCUCUGAAGAACUCCAAUGGAGCUAAUCUGCAGGGAGAGCUGAGUCAUGUGAUAAGACAGCUACAGGCAUGCUCCCUAACUCCAGGUUUUGUUGACAUAUUCUCCAAGACCAAAGAUCGAUUAGGAGCACAUGCCUCUAAGAUCCUUAAAUUCUUACACAGGAAUCGUAUUCCCAGCAGUGCCAUCCCUUUCCCUAUUUUAGAGGGCUAUAACAGCAUCUGCACCAUGAGAUCUAGUGUGGUCCAGGACUUCUUGGAGUUCCUCUUGCAAAAGGAGAAAGAUUUAGAUAUCCAGUACAGAGCAGAGCUUGACCGAGAUCCAGAUGUAGACAAGGUCAAGGUGGUCACACAGUGCUAUAGCACAAUAGAGGCCUCAUCCAAUGUUACUGACAUUUACAAGAUGACAAAUGGGGAAACUGCAUCAUUCUGGCAGUCGGAUGGCAGUGCUCGAUCACACUGGAUAAGACUGAAAAUGAAACCAGAUGUGGUUUUGAGACGUCUGGCUAUUGCCGUGGCUUCUAAUGACCACAGCUAUAUGCCUCAGCUGGUCUCAGUUGCUGUGGGGAAAAACCGGCGCUCCCUGCAAGAGAUCAGAGACAUCCGUAUCCCAAGUAAUGUCACAGGCUACGUCGCCCUAUUGGAGAAUGCCAACAUCACACACCCCUACAUCCAAAUCAACAUUAAAAGGUGCCUGAGCGAUGGAUGUGACACACGGAUUCAUGGCUUGAAGACGCUGGGCUAUCAGAUUACCAAGAGUAAAGAGGUGUCUGUUUCGGAUGCUUCAGCCAUCUGGUACCUGUCUCUCCUCACCUCUUUGGUCACAGCAUCCAUGGAGACUAACCCUGCCCUGGCUCACACUGUCCUUCAAAGCACACAAAAAGCCUUACGGCACAUGCCACCAUUGUCCCUAACACCAUCAUCCACAGAGUUCCCCAAGUUCUUCUCUUUGAACAUCCUGGAGGAAGUGGAUGGGUUCCUCCUCAGGAUAGCAGACUGCUGUGUGAGUCCUGAUGCAGAAUUGACCCUCCUGGCCUUUGCCCUGGCCAGAGGCAGCGUGGCAAAAGUACUCCAAGCCCUGUCGUGCAUCUGCGACCAUUUAGAGACCAAGUACAAGGCCUCCUCCCUCAUUGUGUCUAUGGCCUCCGUUCGCCUGCGACUCCUCUAUCGCAAUGGGAAGCCUCUACAGCUGCACCUACAGGCCUGUGAUGUAAAGAGUAAAGAGGAGAAAUCAGGACCAGAGAACAUGCUGACAGAGUCUUCCACUGGAGAUGGUUUUCUCACAGAAAGCAGCAGGAGGAAAGCCAGUGUAAUCCUCUCAACAGAAGACCAGAGCAAUUUCCAGGUCACUCAGAUGAAGAUCAAAGUGCGAAAAGGAGCAAUCGGAGCAAAAUGUGGCUUGGUAUUUGCCUACAAGGAAGACGAUCCUUUUGAUGCAGAGAAACAUUUCAAGAGGUUCAAAAAGUAUGAUGCGUGGGACUACAAGGACUAUAAGGAGUUUGUACAAGACAAUGUGAAGAUUCCAGCACAGUGUGAAGACGAGCCGAUUGGCUGGUUUGAGCUGGAGGAUGACUGGAAUGACGUGGAGAUCAAGCUGCAGCAGUGUCGCGUUGCAAAGUUCCUGAUGGUGAAGUUCCUCUGCACCAGGCAGGAUUCAGCUGAGCGUCUCGGUGUGCAGUCCCUCAGCUUUAGUGGCUACUUGUGCCCUGGAACAGAGAAGCUGGGAGACCUAGAUGACCUCAGUUCAGAGGGAGAGACCUUCGACCGUGAUGCUGUCACUGGCCUUUGCUUGCUUAACAAGACACUAUUCUUCAUACAGCAGCUUACUCUUGAUAUGGAUGCCUCUCACUUCAAGCAGAAGUAUCUUCUGGACUUCAGUGGUCUCAGCCUGAACCUCUUCUGGAACUUCUACAGUAAACUCAGGGAGAUUGAGGGAGAGGAGGUGUUGAAGAGCAGAGUGCUGCUGCUCCAACUUAUGCAGAACUGUUUCUCCAUGCUGCCCAACCCACUGGAGCCCCGGAACCCAGAUGAGAGCAGAGGGUCAGACGAAGGUUCCACAGCAGCGGCUUGUGCAUCCACAUCCAGCAGUGGAGAACCUCUUAAUGAUUCCAUGAGGGCUGUGUGUGACCUCUACAUUCACCUGUGCCACAUUGUAGAUGGUCCGGAGGGUGAGACAUUAGUGGAAAAAGCUUUGCAUAAGGAAGCAGUCAAGGCCAUUCUUAAUGGAGCAGCUGUGUUCUUCCCUGAUAAACAUGUCAGAAGAGACAAACUGUUUCACAUGAUGAAAAAUAUUACUGAAGACGAUCAGCCUGAGUCAGUGAAGGUGACAUUUGAGUCUCUUUGUAAUUACUUCAGUGAUCAGGAUCCAAGUGGCCUUCUCCUCCUCCCUCCUAAAGGAGCUCCUUCAGACUUUGACAUCAGCCCCAUACUGUCAGUCAUGGAGACGUUGCUACUGGUGGCAACCAGAGAAUGUGAAGUUAUGAUGGUGGAUGAGAGUGGGGGAGCCAGCAGGACUGUGUUGCUGUCCUUGUUCUGGGCUCUGCAGGGAAGUCUGCUCUCCUGGUGCUACCUGCAGCUCAAAGGAGGAUCUUCCACAGCUGUUGCAAUGGAACUAGCCAGAGACAUCCUGCUUAAAUAUGUGGAUCAGUUCCUUGGAAGUAUCAAAAUUGUCCUUGGUUCCCUACUGGAGAGGUACACGGCUGCUAAAAUUACUGACAAAUUGGGCAGCUCCAUCCUAGCCACAGUCUUCAGACAGCUGAUGAUUUUCCUCUUGGAGCUGUGCUCUUUGGACAUCCCACACAGUGUGCUGCUGAAGAGCUUUUCCUCUCUGGUUGAGCUACUCAAAAGCCUGUCAAGUGACACCGGAGACAUCUUCUCUAAGGUGGAUCAAGACAGCUGGCACCAACCUCAGCAGCCAGUGGUGCUGAGGACCUGGAACAUGGAGUCUCCUCACAACUAUGAGAACAGCCGCCAUGAGACCAGCAUCUUUGCCUGCCCCGGUGCAACCUCGUUUGAGGUGGAAUUUGAUGAACGCUGCGAGACAGAAAAGAGAUAUGACUACCUAGAAUUUACAGAUUCUAGAGGUGGUAAGGUCCGCUACGACAUGAAGGUUGGAACUGAGAAGUGGCCGAAGAAGGUGACGUUUGACGCUGGCCCUCAGCUGCAGUUCCUCUUCCAUUCUGAUAGCAGCAAUAAUGAGUGGGGUUACAAGUUUACAGUGACAGCCCUGGGACUGCCAGAUAUCACUAUUUCUUGGAUGUCGGACUUGCAGCUGCUGGUAGCUCGCCUGAUGGGUCGCCUGGCAUCCAGAACCCUGGCGCUGAAAUCCACUCAUGAGAUUCGCACUGUAAAGGAGCUUCCACCAGGGAAAAUGUCCCAUGUACAGUCUUCACUUCUAUGGAAACCCAUCCUACGGCACGGGUUGUGUGAAACAAGGGAGACAAAUCGAACUAAAAUGGCCUCAGACCAGACAAACACAUGGAAUCUGGAUGAGGUAAUGAGCUUCCUGGAAGACUUUGCUCGUUGGAACCCUUCCCAGGAGCCAACAGAUAGCAGAACAGAGCUGAUGAGGACCAUUAUGCACUCGUGCAGAAAACAACCAACGAGGAAUGAGAUUGCUGCUGGGUCAAAGACAGACCAAGCUGUGAAUGCCAUUUGGGCGGCAAUGGUAUACCACACACCAGCCCUCAACCUUGCCUUGAGGACCUUUGUUAAUCAUGACAGCAAGUCCUGUCUUAGUGAGGAGUUUGUGCAGGUGCAUUCACUGGCAGACAGCAUCAGAACAUGGAUGUUGGAGAUGAAGCAGCGAUAUCUUGUUGGCAAAAUGAAUGUUCUGGAUGAGAAAGAAGCGGGCCAUGAUGAAGUUACCAUGGACACACUAGCUGAGAUGUGCAUUGAGAAGAGUCUCUUGCUGUUCCGGUUUGCUCCGUGUGGAGUUCCCUGCCCGUUCAAUGACUCUUCCAAAGCAGCAGAGGGCAGCAGUGCUCCACUCCUCCGCUCCAGCUCCAUCUCAGAAGGGGACUUCCAGGCCAGCCCCUCUCUGCCACCUCAGCCUGGAGGAUCUGAGGAGAGCAGUGAGGCCAGGGCAGGACAGAGUCAGUCACCCACUACUCAAGUUCCAAACACCUGUGGGCACAGCAAGCGAGGCCACAGGGGCUCCACAGAGAGUCUCUCAUCUCAGCCGGGGGAGCCAGCCUCUCCCUCUGCUUUCCCACGUAAAGCCCCAUUCAGUCGCACACGUCUUCGCCUCCUGUCCUGCCGCUCCAUCGAAGAACCCCGCAUGACAACCUCUGUCAGGGAUCGCUACCCAAUACUCAAACACAUCAUAAACUUCAUAAAGGACCAAGCUCUCACAACAGCAAGCAUUUUACAGACCCUGUCCCUGAACAAAGCUCAAGCUCUGAGCGUGUGCAAGGUGCUGGAAAUGGUUCAGCAGUGUUUACAUUCCCUGGGACAGCCACACCUCUUCCAAGCUCCCUGCAUCCUGUUCCUACAGGAGCUGCUCACCUGCCAGAAAGACUUCACCAGUUAUUUCUCUCAGUUGUCAGACAGUGGGCAAAAGCUAGGAGAGGAGGUUAGACGUUCUUACCAUCGGUUGGUGCUCAUGCUGGUGGAGGCUGUGCAGGGCUUCAGUAGCCUCAACGAGAAAGCUCUGCUGCCGGCCUUGUCUUGUGUGCAGACCUGCUUGUUGCACCUUCUAGACAUGAGCUGGGAGGUCCAUGACCUUCCUCUCUUCCUGAGCAUCAAGCUUCCUGAACUGCUGCUCAGUAUGUCCCAGGAGAACAUCAGUGUUCAUGACAUUGCCAUCAGUCAAUGGACAGAGGAGGAUGAAAUCGCAGAUUACAAGAAGAACCAGGAGUGGAUGGAUGAGUGUAUGGACGGGAUGUUUGAGAAGUGGUACGACAAAAUUGAGGAAGAGGACUCUAUGGAGGACAGAAGAAAAAUGCACAUGUUCAUAGCACGCUAUUGUGACCUGCUCAAUGUUGUGAUCUCCUGUGACGGCUGUGAGAGGAUGGCACCUUGGCACCGCUACCGAUGUCUACAGUGCAUGGAUAUGGACCUCUGCAAGACCUGCUUCCUCAGUGGUGCCAAGCCCGAAGGCCAUGAAGAUGAUCAUGAGAUGGUGAACAUGGAGUACGCUUGUGACCACUGCCAGGGGCUCAUUGUCGGCAGCAGGAUCAACUGCAACGUGUGUGAAGACUUCGACCUGUGCUUUGGUUGUUACAAUGCAAAGAAAUAUCCUGACAGCCACCUGCCCACCCACCGGAUCACAGUGUACCCCAUGGUGACCAUACGUAUCAGCGACCGUCACCGCCUGAUCCAACCCUACAUCCACAACUACUCCUGGCUGCUGUUUGCUGCUUUGGCCCUUUACACCUCAGAACUGAGCAGUGAGAAGCAGAUGGAGGGAGAGUCUUUGGACAGCAACACUUUGAACCAGGCCUCAAUCCUGCAGACACGCUGCUCACAGCUCAUCACUGACUGCUUACUAAAGAGGCAGACUGGUAAAGGUCUCCGUUCCUCAGCUUUGCUUACUCUGCUGUCCUCUAAUGAAUCAGCCUCUGACAGUGAGCUGUGUCCAGUCUCUCCCGAGUCCUCACAGGAGCUUAGUACAGCCACUGACACCUCCUCACUUCCUGGUAGCACUGCAGCCAUCUGCUCUCCAUCAUCUCCCAGGGACAAGAAUAAACCAUCAGGUAAGGAGAAAAGGGCAAAAGAGGUGAACUCUCCUCCCCCUGCUCCUCCUGAGGUGCCAUUCCCCCCAAGCACUGGAGAAGGAGAGAAAAAGAAGCUAGUCACUCAAGACACCUUAGACUCACCGAGCCUCAGCCAGACUCCUUCUGUGUCCAGUGAAGACCCCCUUUCUCCUGUGGUUCGACCUUCAGAGUCUGGACCAGGAGCUGCCAAUUCUCCAGCGUCUGAUGUUGUGAAAGAAACAAGUGAGAGGUUGCCACAGGUUCCACUUCAGGAGCAUGUGUUCUCAGAGUGCUCCAGAGAAAGAAUCCUGGGACUCCUAGCAGCCAUGCUACCACCAGCCAAACCAGGCAGCACCCUUUCUCUGCCUACUCUGAGCUCCAUCCUGCCCCAGCUUUUCAGGGCAGUCAUUUCCAAUGCUGGCUCUCUCAACGAGACCUUCCACCUCACGCUGGGACUCCUGGGUCAGCUGCUGCUCCGGAUCCCUCCAAUGGAGGCUGACACUGCUGUUACAGAGGCCCUGGCUGACAAAUAUGAGUUGCUGACACAAGGAGAGGCAACCUGUUCAGAAACCCAGGGAUGGAAGACCACCCAGCUGCUUUUCAGCCUUGGGGCUGUCUGUUUAGACAGUCGUAUUGGUCUGGAUUGGGCCUGUACAGUUGCAGACAUUUUACACAGUCUGAAUGCUUGCCCUGAGUGGAGCACUGUCAUCGCUGCCUUUACUGACCACUGCAUACAGCAACUGCCACAGACCUUGAAACGCACCAACCUCUUCACCUUGCUGGUCCUGGUGGGCUUCCCUGAAGUGCUAUGCGUGGGCACCCAGACAGUGUUUAUUGACAACGCCAAUGAACAUCACAACAUGAUCUUGCUCAAACACUUCACAGAAAAAAACCAUGCAGCAGUGGUGGAUGUUAAGACACGCAAGAGGAAAACAGUGAAAGACUACCAACUCAUACAGUCUCAGGAUUCCACCACCACGGGUCUCCCAAGACAGUCAGAGGGUCAGGGCAGCCCAAAGACGCUGCUCAGUCGCUACUUGAGCAAUUUCACCUCCAUUAUCAGCCACCUCUUGCAGACAAGUCAGGACAAUGGCUCUCCUGAUGCUGUGGAGGCUUCCUGGGUCCUGUCCUUGGCCCUUAAAGGCCUCUACAACACACUCAAGAAGCAUGGAGUAGAGCAAGCACAGGAGGCCAUCCAGCAGUCAGGGCUGACCCAGCUGUUGGUGAGGAAGUGCAGCAAGGGGACGGGCUUCAGCAAGCUGUGGUUGCUACGAGAUCUGGAGAUUCUGUCCAUCAUGCUCUACUCCUCCAAGAGGGAGAUCCAUUCCAUGGCCCAGGACCCCGAGAGAGACCAAAGGGAGCAGGACAAGGAGCACGACUCAGACCACUCCAGCUGCUGUGCCGACGACACUGAUGUCAACAGGCCCGACCCCUUAGAGGGUCUUGAUGAGGAGACAAAGAUUUGCUUCCAGAUCACCCACGAUGCCUUAAACGCCCCUCUGCCCAUCCUGCGAGCCAUGUAUGAGCUGCAGAUGAAGAGGACGGACUCUUUCUUCCUGGAAGUGCAGAAGAGAUUUGAUGGAGAAGAGAUAAAAACAGAUGAGACAAUCCGUACUUUGGCUCAGAAGUGGCAGCCCACCAGGCGGCCUCGCUCUGAGGAAAGGAACACCAAGGCUGUGGACACUGAUAUGAUUGUCGUUUCUUGCAUGUCUAAACCCAGUCACUGUGAAAAGGCGACAGAGGAAAUCAACGUAGUGGCCCAGAAGCUCAUUACCAAUUCAGAGAGCGAUCUACAGCUCAGUUAUGCCAAGCAGAGACGUACCAAAAGCUCAGCUCUCUUACACAAAGAACUGGAUGUGCGCAGCAAUCGGGCCGUUCGUCAAUACCUGGUGAAGGUCAACCAGGCCAUCGCCACACUGUACGCUCGCCACGUGCUGGCCUCGCUGCUUGCCGACUGGCCUGCAGACACCGCGCUGAGUGAGGAGGCUCUGGAACUGAAUGGAGCUUCACACAUGGCUUACAUCCUGGACAUGCUCAUGCAGCUGGAGGAGAGGCCUCUCUGGGAGAUGAUUCUGCAAAGGGUGCUGAAGGGCUGCAGUCAGAGUAUGCUGUGCAGUUUGUCUCUCACUGCAUGCCAGUUCAUGGAGGAGCCAGGUAUGGCAGUACAAGUCAGAGAGUCCAAACACCCUUAUGAUAACAACACCAACUUUGAGGACAAAGUGCACAUCCCAGGUGCAAUCUACCUGUCAGUAAAAUUUGACUCCCGCUGCUACACGGAGGAAGGUUGUGAUGAGCUCAUCAUGUCGAGCAGCAGUGAUUUCCUCCAGGAUGUCCACAACUUCAGUGGAUCUCCACAGAAAUGGUCUGAUUUUGAGAUCCCUGGUGACACCCUGUACUACAGGUUUAUGUCAGACAUGAGCAACACAGAGUGGGGCUACAAGUUCACCAUCACAGGAGGCCACAGGGGACGUUUUCAGACAGGUUUUGAGAUACUGAAGCAAAUGUUAGCUGAUGAGCAAGUGCUCUGUCACAUGCCACUGGCUGAUAUCUGGGAGUGGCAGGUGGGCGUGGCCUGUCGUCAAACUGGAAACCAGCGACUCAAAGCCGUUCACUUGUUGCUCCGUCUGCUGCAGUGUCAGUCCCAGACAGCCUGUGAACUGACACUGUUGCGACCCCUGUGGCAGCUCUUUACGUCAAUGGAAAACAGCCUGAGCCAAGAUCCCACAAGUAUCACUGUGCUGUUGCCUCUUCACAGAGCCCUCACCGAACUCUUCUUCAUCGCUGAGGCCCGUGCCAUCGCACAGGGCAUCCUCCAGGAGUACUUGCUAGCUAUGACCACUGAUGAGCAGCUCCUCAAUCACACUGCAAUGGCUCUGAAGAAUAUUGCUGCCAUCAGCCUGGCUAUCAAUUACCCCAAUAAAUCCACCAAGCUACUCAACAUGUCCCUUUGAGAGGUCCACAGAGGAAGAUGUGGGGAGCAACCUGAAGGGGACACAUCCUGACUCAGCUGGUUUGCUCUGUGUUCAGAGUAGAGGGAGAAGCACCUCCCUCACAAAACCAGCGCUCCUCUUCUAACAGCCCCCCGCUCUCUGCCUCUCUCUCUCUCUCUCUCUCUCUCUCUCUCUCUCUCUCUCUCUCUCUCUCUGCCUCUUUCUCUCUCUGCCUCUCUCUCUCUCUCUCCACACACCGGUAACUCUGCAGCACUGUGGACAUGAGCUGUGGAGGGGGACUCAAAGAGCACUUUCCACGUGUAUUCACAAUCCUUUUUGCCUUAGGUGAAUCCAGUAUAUCAGCAUGUGCAUUCACUCAAACAGGAACAGGUCUAUUACUUUCUUUUUUUUUUUUUUUUUUUUUUUUUUUUAAAGUUUUUACUUGAAGAUGCCGUGCUAAAGGACAUGAAGUGUGCCAAAUUCUAAACCUUCAGGGGAAAAUAUUCCUUUUUUCCUGCCUUUUUCUUUCCUAAAGAGCAGCCACUCUGGGUUAUAUAGUUGAUCAUGGUGAAAACAGGUCACCUUGGCAACUUACAUGUCUCAGUGGACAUGUAGAGCAUCCUAAAAAUACUGUCCAGGACAUUGGAGUCUCAUUAGUCACCACAGAGAGAAAGCAAUGACCUACUAGCUCAUUCCUAUCCUUCCUUCCUUGCUUCCUUCUUUAUUCCCUUCUUUCUAGUUACCUUCUAUCCUUCUUGCUUCCCUCUUUACUUUUCAGACAACAGAACUAGAUGAUGGUAUUUUUAGGGCUCUCAUUGAAAGGUAGGAUCAGUAUAUCAUCGUAGAUAUCCUAAACAUGUAUCUGAUCUAUGAAAAAGGGGAAAUAAGAUCCACUGCAAAGUGGUGACAGUGUGUUCAAGCUGAACAGUGAUGCUCAGAUUAGCCAUAGUCUUUGCAUAAGAUGGAAAUGAAAAUAAAAUUAACAUUACAGCUGAGGGACAACUGAUAUAUACUAUUGCAAUGCAUUCCUCCGUGUUAUUCUAAGAAGAUGAAGUAUUUUCACUCAAUUCUUAGUUAAUGAAUGAAAGACUUAUAAUGUCAAAUGAUGUUCAUGGAAAUUAAUAACAGCAAAAAAUGUCAUUGAGAAAUGCUGAAUCUCUUAAAGGCCUUCAGUUUUAUCCACAGAUUAACGUAUUUACUUUUAGUGUUUUACCCUAAGUUUCAGCUGUUUAUGAGGAUACUGAUUUAUUUUCACAGCAGUGAAAGAAAAGCUGAAAUGAAUCAAAAACAUUUAUGUCUCCAUAAAUCACGUAUGGUAAUGAAUGUGGAAAAACACAAAUAUGUAUAACACACAGAAACCACUGCUGAUUCCCUCUAACACACUGAAGUUGAUCAGCUGAUAAACACAAAGCUGCCUGUAAAAUAGACACGUAAUCCCACUUAUUCACUGGUAACACAUUGGUGAGCAAAGACAGUUGGAUUUUUUUAUACAGGAUUACCUCGUUUUUUGUAAUUCCACAGAUAAUCGGUGUGACGCUUCCUUAAAUGUUUAAUUCGACUUCCAAUCACAUCACAUUUAGCCCACUACUUAUUAAUGCUGAUAUGCCUCUGUAGCCACAUCCAACUUCACUUCAGAGAGGAGUUUUGUAUGUUGAUAAAUCGAAACCCAGAGUGAGUAAUCAGGGGGUUGUUUUCCAAUCAUUACUGUUUAAAUUUCAAAAGAAGAGAUUCUCUUAGUUCUAAGAAGUCAUGGUAGUUUUAUACCAAAGAAACCAAUCAUUGUGAGCCAUGAAACAUCACUGAAAGAGCUCCUGGUAGAGUUCAUUGUGUUUUCCACAUAUCAGAUAGCUACCCUGUGAGAAGCUGGAGCAGAGGAAACCUUUAGACAUUGUUCAGGUUUUUUAAAAUAUUUUUCUGUUGUUUUCAAAGUGGUCCAUACACGGACCGCAGGAUGGCUCGGUGAUUUUGUUUACACAGACAUCAGCUGCAGUGAGGAGAGAGGAACAGAUGCAUGGCCUCCAUUUUGGCUUCUACGACGCCUCACCUAUCUACAACGUGCCUACGGUUAAAAAUGAAGCAAUCAUAAUUUAACUCAUGUUAGUGGGAUUGUUAUUAAUUAUAUUUUAAAAGAGAAAUAUAUUGUUUAAUUUGAAUUUUUUUGUAACUUUUUACUUUAAAUGUUGGUUUCUUUUCGCAAGGAUGCUUAAUAUUUGAGGCUGACUAAUUUGAAUGUACAUAUCUGUGAAUAUUAAUUGCACAGCAGAAAGACUUUGAUAUCAACCCCUUACAUAUAUAAACUUUAUUGGGCACUAACAGAUGGACACUUUGAUUCAGAUUUUGUAUGCAUGGCACAUUGAAGGUAAAACAAAAGUACUGCUUGGGUUGAAAUGUGAUCCAUUUCUAAUAAAAAUAGAAAGGACUUCUAUAAGA